UUUUAUUUAAAAGCUCGAGAAAUUCCAAGAGUUGUUGGUGGAAGUGUUGCAUCAGAGGGUUCCCAUCCCUAUCAAGUAUCAUUGAGAACAAAAAGUGGAUCUCAUUUUUGUGGUGGUGUUAUCAUUGAUAAACGUUGGAUUUUAACAGCUGCUCAUUGUAUUGUUGGUGAUCAACCAUCAUCAGUAUUUGUAGUGACUGGAACAAUUAGUCUCUCACAAGGUGGUACAAAAUACGAAACAGAUUUGUUGAUUGCUCACAAAAAUUACAACAGUGCUGCAUUUUCAAAUGACAUUGGUUUAAUUCGUGUUAAAAUUGAUAUUGAAUUUAGCAAAACAGUUGGCUCAAUAAGUUUACCAACAAGUGAUUUUGAUAAAGAAAAUUAUCCAUGCAAAUUAUCUGGUUGGGGAUCAACAAGUAUGGGAAGUUCAUUACCUGAUAAACUUCAAGAACUUGAUUUACUUGUUAUUGCACAAAAUGAAUGUUCACAAUAUGCUUACAAUGCUUAG